AUGUGGCUGUCAACUGGGUCUGCGCAGAAGAUUGAAGACGAAUCCAGCGGAAUCUACGAUAGCGCGGAUACUGGCUACUUGUAUAUUGAAGAUGAUGAUCCGGAUAAUGAACUUUGGCUGAAGCUCUCUGACCACAUGGACACUUCCAUCUUUCUUGUAUAUCAAUGCUGGAUAGAAACGAAUGCCAACUGGGCGAUCCAGGAAGGGGAAUAA